AUGGCGGUAGUAUUAGACACAGUGUGGAGUAGUGCGGAGAUUUGUCCUCAUAGAUAUUUGCCGGGUGUUCAUUGGCUUAAACACUUUCCUUGUAUUCUAUUGUUGAAGCAUCCGUCGAGUCAGUGUACAACUUCAUUACAGGCUCAGUUGGUGACAGAUAUUCCUGGUACUACUGGAGCAUCCUUUGGCCUAGAGGUGGUUUGCUAUGAGAGUCCUCCACCAUCCGUGGGCAUUCACCGAUUCGUAUUCGUGUUGUUCCGUCAACUUGGAAGGCAAACUGUGUAUGCUCCUGGGUGGCGUCAAAACUUCAACACCAGGGAUUUUGCUGAAUUUUACAAUCUUGGCUUGCCUGUUGCUGCUGUCUUUUUCAAUGGCCAGAGGGAAGGAGGCUCUGGUGGAAGAAGGUCAUGAUUUCUCUACAAUUCACCCUUCACAUUAUUAUAUUGAGGGGUCUUUAACAUAUAUUAUACAUGAAAUAUCAUCAUAUAAAAAAUUAAUAAUGAAAAUUGCUUUAUGAUAACCUUUAAAUAGAA